UGUAAGGCCCACAUUCCAAGCUGGAGCUAUGAUGCGGCAGCUAAAGAAUGUGUGAGAUUCAUCUAUGGCGGCUGCCGCGGCAAUGACAAUCGUUUCAACACCAAAAAACUCUGUGAGGAAAAAUGUUUGGAAUAAGAAACAAAAAU